UUGCCGACUAAUCGAGACUCGAGAAACCAAACCGGGGCCCGGGCCAGAAUCAUUGAUCAGCGUAAUUGCGAUUGUUGGCGAUUGCAAGCGAGAGAGGAGGGUUGUGAUUUCGCGACGAUUUAAGUUCUCAAAAUAUACGACAAAAUUUGCAACGACACUGUACGGUCAAUCGCAGAAACGUGCCAUUGAUGAUUGACAAGAGGUCUUUCAGAGGGAAAUCUUCUCGCGAAAUAUGCUGGCUUUGAAAGCGACCGUUGUUAGUUGCUCCUUUAGAAGCACUCGUAUCCUUGGAAAUUUCCUUCUGAGGAACAGCUCGGCCGCUUUCAUCGAACCCGAAGGGAAGAUGCCGUUCGAAGAUGAAAAACAAAAGUUCUUGAACAUGCCGUCAGAAGAAAAGAGAAGUUUUUACAAGGGAGAGGUAACGGCUCUCGAUCAGAUUUCUACAUGGUCAGAGUACUGGGAUAAAAACAAAUCUAAUAUUAUCAAGACUGUGGAAAAGGCUGAAAAAGUUGAUGAGGUCCUAGCUAAGAAAGUAUGUAUGUGGCAAGGAGACAUAACGUCCCUUGAGAUAGACGCAAUUGUCAACGCUGCCAAUUCGAGUCUUUUGGGAGGUGGUGGAGUUGACGGAGCCAUUCACCGAGCAGCAGGACCAUAUUUAAGGAAGGAGUGCUUGACAUUAAAAGGAUGCAGAGUUGGCGAUGCUAAAAUCACAGGGGGUUACAAGCUGCCAGCUAAAUAUAUUAUCCACACGGUUGGUCCACAAGGUGAGAAACCGGAUAAAUUAAAAGAAUGUUACGAGAAUAGUCUCACUCUGGCUAAAGAGAAUCGUCUGCGUACUGUUGCAUUUCCAUGCAUAUCAACUGGAAUUUACGGAUAUCCACAAAGGCCAGCGGCCAAAGUAGCUAUAUCGACCGUUAAAAAGUUUCUCCUCGAUAACAAAGAUACUGUGGAUAGAGUCAUCUUUUGCUUAUUUCUGGACACUGAUAAAGACAUAUAUGAGGAGCUGUUGCAAAAAUAUUUUGCUCUUAAUUAA